AUGGACACCUCGGCCGACGAUCAUCAGCCUUUUCAGAUCCGGCGGUCUCCCUCGAUCGGCUCGGCAUCUUCGGUCCUCCCAAACGCCUCCCGCGCGGGCAAGCGCAAGCUCUCUGCCACUGCGUUUGGGUCCUCGCCCACCAUGGGCAACGCCAGCACCCCACCGCUCCGCUCUGCCUCUCCUGCUGAUCCGACCGGUCAGAGUGCGCACGGCGAGCACGGCGGCGUCGCCUCGACGGCAAACGGAGCAGCUGGCACGCUGACCGCCUCGUGCUCCGCAUCCUCGACUCCUUCUUCCUCCUCGAACGCCGCCGACCGGUUCGGCUCUGCGGCACACGAUGGCCAUGGCCUCGGCCUGACCCAUUCUCACUCCGAAAGCGGCGCACUGGCGUCGGAUCGUCUUCACCGGAUCCACCCCCACUUCCAGCACGAUGCCCUGCAGCCGACGCACCAGCACGGCACAGACGGCAGCUCUGGACGGUACCAGUCCUCGCUCGACGCCGCCGGGCCCAGCUCGAGCGCACUCGACGCCGCCACGACGGCUUCGAUGCCGCCGACCGCCAGUGGCGCUGGAGCGACGCACCUGCACGAGCUCCAGGAGCGACGGUGCCAUGCGAUCAACGCAGAACGCGAAUACGUCCUCAGCAACGACGACCGCCGCGAUCCCCGAAGCGCGUCGGGCUGCGUGAUGGCCUCCCUGACCUCCAGCGCGGAGAUUGCCGGUCCGUCCACGGAAGUCAAGAAGCCUGCCCCCUCUGUCACUGCCAGCGCCGUCGCUGCCAGCGACAUCUACGGUCGGACGGACGCCGCAGGCGUAUACGACUCCAAGGCGUGCGCCAGCGAGGGGCCAUCGUCGACGCCCUUCUUCGCGUCGGCGUACCUCUUUUCCUCGUCGCCUUCGCCCAGCCAGCUUCCGACGCUGUCCAAGGGCGCGGCCCAGCUCGGAGCUGCGGGACCCGAUCCGGACGUGUCCGCAGCCUGUGCUGCGCUGCGUGCAAGCACGGGCCCAUCAACGUCUCACCCCGCCAUCGACGGCAGCGGUGAAGGCAGCUCGGCGUUCGGACCGUCAGCCCAGGGCAAGCAACGAGACACGGGGGCACGCCAGGAGAGGGACAAGAUUCCGGACCUCAUUGCGCUGCCGCCUCGAGGCUGGACCCGCACCAGCUCACUGGAGGCGGUCCGACCGGCGCCAAGGUAUCGCCCCGCCGUGACCGAGUCGCCGCUGCAGUCGCGAUCGACGGCGCAUCCUGCAUCGUCCGCGGUCGACCGUCGCCCGGAUGCAGACGAGACCCUCGCGCCGUUCCGUCUGCAGCCGGUGCCGGAGAGCAAGCGGAGGAAGCUGUUCCAAGGCACCGCUGCACGAGCUGGUUCAAGGCGUUCGUACGACGCCAGCAGCGGUGCGCGAUGGCGAAGCGAGGCAGCCCUGCAGCACGAUGGUCAGAGGACACCCGUCGGAGGUGCCGUGGGCUUCAAGGCACAUCAGCACCAGGUGUCGUCGCAGAGCUCCCUCCGCAAUGAGCUCUCGCUCGGACGGUAUCCCGCCAAUGCGAAUGCCGCCGAUCCAGCCGACGGCACUCGAUCCGCAGCAUCCUCGCUGCAGCCGCCCGGUGCCCUCGGUGACGCAUCGCCCGCUACGACGCACCCGCACAUUAGCGGCGGGGUGUUGGCGGGACGAGGCGUGGGCGACUAUCGCACAUCCUCGACCUAUCGACUGCCAAACGUCGGCCAGCGGGAAGCUCACGGCACUCCGGCAACCAAGACGAUGGACGUGCCGCCCAUGCCGACGCUUCCGAGCCGGCCGGCGCUGCUGUCGAUGAAGCGGGCCGCCAUCCUGCCGCCGCCCGUCGCCGCCGUGCCGUCGCGAAGCCACGCGCACGCCGCCGCCAGCACUGCUGCCGCCGCCGCUGCCAUUGGCGCACUGCCGCCUUCGACCUCGUCGUCGAGCCGCCGUCGGCCGUCGCGACUGCGCCGGGCCCACAGCGUGCCCAACCUCAGGGCCAAGGCCACGCUCGACGUGUCCUCGCCGGCUCAGCACCGGUACAUCUUCCCGCACCACUGGAUCGGCUACAUUUCGUCCCACGGCCGUUCGUCGAAAGAUGGCGCCGCCCAGGUCUACACCAGCUCGGGUCGUGGCGCCGUCUUCCGUCACCCAGGCAAGGUGGGGGCGUCGCCCGGCCACUACGGCGCGUCCGGAAGCAGCUCGCGCUCCCGCACCAUCUUCACGCCCUCCCUGCACCCACCCAUCACCAGGCACACGUUGCGCGAGCUCGACCUCUUCGAGAUCCUCAAGAACCCGCAGCUCCGUCAUGACGUCGUCUUCGACCCCAACGUCCAGUUCCGGCCCAACUUUGACGGCGAGCGGGGCCGGCGGAAGCGAGAAGCCGGCGAGCGCUACUGGGCCGCCAUCGUCCGCGAGAUCGAGUCUGGCUGCACCUGCACCGCGUUUGAGCAGGGCGAGCUGCUGCCGUGCACCUGCAGCGCCCAGAGGGUCACUGCGCAGCCGACGGGCCCGCGCACCGAGAAGAGCCGACUCGUCCGGCCCAGCAGCCGCAGCUCGGGCCCUCGCGUUGCCAACCCGCGCGUCCCAUCGAGGAUCCCGCUGCUGGUGCAGGAGCUCCGCGCCAUCUGCCUCUCGAUUCUGCCGUCCAACUUUCCGGUCGACAGCAGCAGCGCGCUGGGCGAGCGCAGCAAGGCCGUCGCGCCGCCCGCAGCGGGCUCGGGCCCGUCCUGGGCGGCGACCCACCACUCGCUGAUUGCACAGACGCUCGACCCGCACCUGAUCUCGCAGGAGCUGCAGCACGGCGUGCUCGACGUGUCGGCGCUCAUCACGUUUAUGGGCUCCAUCCUGAAGCUGCACUGCGCGCCCAUGCGCGACGAGGCCAUCGAAAAGAUGGUCGAGGUGGUCUGCGUCGACGGCGACGUCGGCAAGGGCCUGCGCCUCUGCUUCGAGAUCCUCGAGCUGAUGAAGCUCGACGUGGCCAACCACCAGCUGCGGUCGACGCGGCCCUACCUCGUCGAGACGGCCGUCGAGUUCGAGGUGCGCUGGUUCCGCGACCAGCUCGAGCAGAGCAAGAUCUCGCUGGAGCGCACCUCGGCCUGGUUUGUCUCGGCGCUCGGCAAGGCGCGGCGCGAGGCACCCGACUGCAACCGCUCGACGCUCGUCUCGCGCGCCUUCCUCGAUGGCAUGCUCGGAUUGAUCUUCGACCCCCCGCACCCCGGCCCGACGCCAGCGUCGCCGUCGCCUUCGCCCGCAGCAGCACCCGCGCAGGCACCGCCGCCGGCACCCUCGCCGUCGUCGUCGACGCUCAACCACACCUUCUCCAGCUGCUACCCGGAGACCUUUCAAUUCGACGCCUACAGGAUGAUCACGUUCCACAACGACGUGGCCGACCUCACCAUUGUCUACAUGCUGCUGCUCCUCUUCCGGCAGCUCGCCUGCUCGCCCCUCGAUGGCUCGACCUCUGUGCCCUCCUCUGCCGGGGCGAUCGCGCAGCGCCAGCUCAAGGCGGUCAAGGGCGAGAUCUGGUGUCUCGUCAACGAUGCCAACCUCUGCCUCUCGUCAUCGUCGUCAUCGUCGUCAUCGUCAUCGUCGACAUCGUCUGGCGGCGCGGGAAUGUCGCAGGGUUCGGGCUCGGGUCGACGAUCGCCCCUGUUCGACAGCAAGCUCUUCCUCGGCAGCGCCGGCGGCUUUGCCAAGCUCGAGCACCCGCGCUGGAGGCGAGCCAUGCAGAACGUGCUUCUCCAGGUGGCGGUGCGUGCCCACGCCGUCCAGCUGGCGGCGCGCGGCCCCGUCACGGACCCCACCGAGAUUAAGCCGCCGCCGCCGACGCAGAAGACGCAGGCGCUGCUCAAUGCGUGGAUGGACUCGAACCUCAGCGCCGGUUCUCCGCUGCACAAGCUGUGCCAGGGGCGCUUGCGGACCGCAGUCAUGACGAUGCUCGGCGACAAGCUCGGUGGUGGCAGCGGCACCGCUGCCGUCGUCCCUGCCAAUGCCCCUGCCGCCGCCCCUGCCGCCGCCCCUGCGCCCGCCACGACCAGUCCGGUCAAGGUUGCACCGCUGGCCGGCAUCCAGACGUCGCCAUCUGCUUCUGCAACGCGCAAGCGGAACAGCGACAGCAGCCCCGCCAGCGAGGGGCAAGAGGGGGCCGACUGGUCUCGCGCUGCAACGAUUGUCGGAGCCGCGCAGAAGCGCGCGAGGACUGGUGAUGGUCCGGCUCAGUUGGUGGCAUCAGGAUCGACCGACACUACCAGCUCGCUCGCCCCCACCCAGAAGCGCGAGUCCAGCAACAACAGCGACAGCGACAGCGAUCACGCUAACGUCGGCAAGACCAACGUGGCGGCGGCGCCGGCCACGUCGAGCGGGGCCACCUCCUCGACGGCCUCGUGGGAGGCGACGUUGGCGCGGGCUGGUCUGGAUCCGUUUGCGGCCGAGAUCCGCCUGCUGUGCGACCGGAUCGCCAAGGUGGCCGGCUUCCACCUGCGCGUCUUCCGCAACCUCUACGAGAAGACCGAGGCCGAGAGCCUCAAGGCAAUGGCAGCGGCGGCGACAGCGACGGCGACGGCGACCGCGGCCGGCUCGACGGACUAG